UCGAUAUGGCUUCCACUGCUUAUUGUGCUAAUUCCCAAUAUCGCUUGUCCAGCUGUAUUGCUCGCGUUGGUCUUUUUGAACCAGUUUCAGCCACAGGCCGAUAUUUUUGCUCAAUACCGAGAUGCGACUCAGCAGUUUCCAGGCUAUAUUCUUGUUGCCCUCUCCGCAACCCGACUGGCCAUCGUUUCUUCCGUCGCUUCUACACUGGCGCCCUUCCUGACCUCCUUUAUCAUGGGUGUCUGGAAAUUCCAUGUAGUUGGGAAGAUUCGACACCGCUCGAGAGCCAUAUGGGGCAGUGAAUCUCCCAUCUCAGAUGUCCCACAGCUCAGCCUCCUGAUCAGUCUCCUAGCUGCAUCAAUGGACGGCCUCUUCACCUAUCUAAGGCAGUGCCUUCCAUCACUCUUUGGCAGGCGGCCGAAUCAAAGGAGACCUGUAAUGGCAAAACAAGUGCAUUCUUCCGCCUUGAUCUUCUUGCUGAGCAUGUUUCUUGUUGUGAGUAUGUUCAUCGCCGACACCAUCUUCCAUACCUACACCGAUGCCGUCAAUAUCCAGGAGGUCAGAGCCUCGCCAACAACUACUUCACUUGGUCAUCGAGUGAUGGAUAAAUGUGAGAAUUUCGAUCGAUCCCAGAAUCUUUGUCUGCCGUGUACCUGGGACGUCUAUGGCUCUACAACUGACUUCCAACAACUGACCAACUCGGUAUAUGAGGUGAGGACGAAUAUCUCGCACACGUCACAAAUCCAAAGCCUGGACUCCGGGCUGUCCAUUCUCUUGCCGAACUCAGCUCGAGUCCCGAAUGUCACUGAAUACAGGGCUCGCACCCUAGGUGUAUCCACGCAGUGCCAGCCAAUCACGAAUUCUUGCAACCCCCUCGCGACGAACGGAUCCAACACUCAAUUCAACUGCUCAGGAGCCUUCCGUGGAAUCAUCAACAAGGCACCGGUCAAGCCCGCCGAUCAAUACUUCACCAUCGCCGACCCUGACACGCCCCCCCUCAACCUAAAACCCACGGCAUACCUGCAGCUCGGCCUCUUCGCCAAUGCCAACUUGUCCACCCCGUACAACCCCGUCAACUACAACACUAGCUCGUCCGGCUGGGCACUCGAAUUCGGCGACUCCUCCACGACUCCAUGCCCUUCAGAUUCCUCUCUCCUCAACAAAGUCCACGUCGGCGUAGCCGGGCGCUUCGACUUGUUCUCAACGCGUGUGGACGUAAACCUGCUCAACGACAGUGGCCUGUUCUCCACAGGCGGCGAUGCGGCGUACUACAUGGACUUCAUGUUCGGGUGCACCGUGGAAGCAUUCGAGGUCGAGUACGUGUGGGCCGAUGGCGGCGUGCGCAGCCACACAACGAGCCCCGUCAAUGGGUCGAUCCUCAACAUGUACGUCGGCCAGCUGCAGUACUACACUAAUUCGCCGGGAAACGACUGGACCAACGACGUCCUGCAAAUGGCCCUGCAGGCGAACAGCCGGGAUAUGGCGGGCACAUGGGCCACCUUGUUUGGAAAUCGCGUUCUCAGUGUCAUUGGGGGUUACUCGACGGCGAGUGACAAUCUCGCCGAGCAGAGCCGUCGCGGUGCGCUUGUAGCGAAAGUCCCCAUUGGCGCACUGGCGUUCUUGGUCGUGUGCAGCAGUGUUUACAGCGCGCUGGUGCUCAUCCUCGCGCUCAAUGGCUGGCGCAUUGCGCGCAGG